AUGGCGGAAGAAGCUCCGCCGGUUCCCAGAAAGGUCCGGUCUGCAUGUCGAAGGUGUCGACAGAAGCGCAUCAAAUGCGAUGGUGGUAUUCCUGCCUGUGGGAACUGUGGCCGGGCAAAAGUCCCCUGUGUCGAUGUCCAUGGCGGGAAUAACCAUUUGUCUAUACCUCGAGAUUUCGCGAUAAAAUGCGGGGCGCGAAUUCAGUGGCUAGAGCACGCCCUCCGCUCCUUACAACCCGACUUUGAUAUGUCCCAGGGCCCACAAGUCAACAUGGGAUUUAUUGAGACAUUGUCUUCUUCACAAGAAUCCCUUCCAAGCGAGGCAUUCACUCGAGAAGAAGAAUUAGUCAAUAAGAGGUCUCACUCUGCAAUGGAGGAGUCCGAUGUGGGCUCGCCUCUUUCGAUCAAGGCACGGUCGGUUGCAAUCGACCUAGGCAUGCUCUCAUUGCAGUCCGACUCGCGUCAGCAGCAUUACUUGGGAUCCUCUUCUGGCUUGCUGUUCACAAAACUUGUUGGGUUGGACAGUGAAAUCCAAUCUCCCAAAGACGCAGUGACGCUCCACGGAAUCGUUAAAUCGCGCAGAUCACCACCGAGGAUACCCACGGAAAAGUUGAAGUCCAUCUAUAAAACACUGGCCAGGGAGAUUCCUUCGCCGGAAGAAGCCAGCGUCUUGUUUGGCAUAUAUUUUCAAAACAUCCACAUCGAUCAACCAUUUCUGCAUCCAGCCUCCUUACUCAAUGCCUACCAAGCGUUAUACACAUGUGCCCAAGAAGGGCUUGAUGAAACUGCCGAUGCUAAUGGUUGGAUUUCAUCCGUUGGUCCGUUUCCAUAUAAUGGCAAGAUUGACUUCAGUCUCGGAAGAAGAGUUACGCCCAUAUCAAUCUCCACGGCUGUGUACCACAUCUUCAUGACAUUUUCGCUUGCAGCUACAGUCUUGACGCGAAAGAAGAAUUAUGACCAUUCGCCCUCCAGAUUGUAUCGCACGGCAAUGUCUACCUCCUCGGAAUGUUUUUCCCAUAUUUCUGUACACUCUCUUCAAGCUAUGCUUCUGCUGGCAGUACAAAGUUUGAUUGAACCCGCGGGUGUCGAUGUAUGGACAUUGUCACAUGUGGCCAUGGCACACUGCAUCGACUUGGGUCUUCAAAGAGAGCCGGGUGAACCUUCAGUGGAGAAUCCUGCGGUCGCGGCCACGGUUCAAAGAUUUAUUUUCUAUACAGUCUACUCCCUUGAUCGAUCAAUAGCGACGAUUCAAGGCCGCCCGUUGGGCAUUCGAGAUGAAACCUUCGACAUUCAACCCCCCAAUGAAUCAGACAUAUCAGAUAUGAUCACCAUACCGGACAACGAGCUUUCAGUCCGUCUUCCUCCAUCUCAUCACCUUAUUCUCUCAAUCUGCCGAUUCAAAUUGGAUCGGUUUAUCUCUGAAAUCAAAUUGCUCUUCUAUCACCUUCCGAAUCUUCCAGCAGCUACCCGAACAUUUGUUUGGCCCACGAAUAUCUCGGAAAUUCAAUGCCAAAUCAAGUUAGAUCUCGACGAUUGGUUAACGGAAGUGUCAAAUGUUUCUCCUUCCCCGGACAUGGAGGAGGAAGAGAAAUUGAAACUUCAUUACGAAAAACUACGGAUGGAGCAGUUGUACCACAACACCGUGGCUCUUCUUUUCCAGCCAUCUCAAAUGUUUCCCUCGCCAAGUCAGGAUGCGUUGUUGCUGUGUUACCGCAGCUGCAGUCGACGUUUGCAAGUGUACGAUGCCCUCGGCAAUCAGGAGAUGCUCAUGUACAACUGGCGCAAUAUCCAUGGAAUAUUCUCCUCGGGCGCUACAAUUGUAUACUGCAUCUGGGCAUCCCGGCAUCUUCAUAACACUAUCCCUUUCGAGAAAAUCCUACGAGAUCUUCGAACCUGUUCAAACCACCUCAGUAUCGGCAGUCAGUGGUGGCCGUCAGUACGGGCGGGUAAAGAAAGCUUCGAGAAAAUGAUUGACUUGAUAAUCAAGUUUCUGACCUAUGCGCAAGAUUCUGUUCCACCAGCUGCGUUGCCUCCAGCUGCACAAAAAAGACAUGCGCCUUCCAACUCAGCUGAGCAUGAGAUUCUUGAUACCGAAGUACUUCGGAUAGGUCAGGGAUUGGAUCAGCCGAUACAAUCCCUGAACGACGCCCAAGUACCUUUUGAUAACAUAGAUUUCUCUUCAACGGCUUUCGAUCCACUGAACACCUUUGAUUCAGAUGAACCGUCGAUCGAGGCUGCGAUGGAAACAUUCAUGGCUGAUUAUCUACACGAUGAUUGGGGAUGGGACCCGUUUUCAGGGUCGGUGGGUUUAUGA